AUGUCUGUUCUUUUCUUUUCCUGCAGGGAAGGUUGGCUUGAAAGCCUUUUUCAGAACAGGCCAACAUUUGGAUGGAGCAUAUCAAGUUCCCUGAAUAGGGAAUUUAGUGGUGAUUCUGUUACAAGCUUACAGGUUAAAGAGGAAAUUAUUGAAAUGAAAGAUGUUUUUUCAGUAAAACUGAAACGUCGUCGUUUUGUAGGCCAGAAAAAAGGUGGCACUUUGUUGGGUAUCACAAUUUUUAAAUGCUUGAAUAAAGAAGAAAAUAAACUGACGGACUGUGCUAUCCAUUUACAUAACUUUAGUGAAGAUCAUUGCCAUUCAUGGUUUAGAUGUCUGAAGGAAAUUUUGAAUGGUUUUCAAAACAGACCAAAAUCCUUAAAAGUGUUUGUUAAUCCAAGCAGCCACAAAAGAGAAGCCACUCAUGUUUAUUAUGAGCAAGUUGCACCUCUUUUUAAGCUUGCAGACAUUAAAACGGAUGUCACGGUAACUGAAUAUGAAGGACAUGCUCUUUCAGUGCUUAAAAAAUGUGAACUCCGGGCAUUUGAUGGGGUGGUUUGUGUUGGUGGAGAUGGAUCUGUCAGUGAAGUUGCUCAUGGUCUACUACUUAAAGCCCAGCUAGAUGCUGGAAAAGGCACAGACUACGUACUCACACCUGUCAGAGCACCGCUUCCUCUUGGAGUAAUACCAGCAGGUACUACUAAUAUUUUGGCCCACACGCUCAACGGUAUUAGUCACCCAGUGACUGCAACACUGCACAUUGUAAUGGGACAUGUUCAACCAGUCGAUGUGUGCACUUUUAGUACUCCAAGCAAGCUUUUACGUUUUGGGUUCUCGGCUAUGUUUGGUUUUGGUGCAAGGACUCUAGCUUUGGCCGAAAAGCACCGUUGGAUGCCCUCUAAUCAGCGGAAGGAUUUUGCUUUUAUCAAAACCCUGGCAAAUCUCAAGCCAGAGGAAUGUGAAUUAUCAUUUCUACCUCUACAGAUUUCACAAGAAGAUUCUCAUGAGAAUGACAGAGGGAAGAAAGAGACAAAUAAAAAAAUUGGCAGCGAGGAUCAAUGGCACAAGAUCCAGGGUCACUUCCUGAACGUGAGCAUUAUGGCAAUCCCUUGUCUGUGUUCAAUGGCACCAAGAGGCUUGGCACCUAAUACGAGGUUGAAUAAUGGAAGCAUGGCUCUUGUUGUUGUACAAAAUACUUCUCGUUCAGAGUUUAUUAAACACCUGAAAAGAUACGCCAGUGUUAAAAAUCAGUUCAAUUUUCCCUUUGUUGAGACCUACACAGUUGAAGAAGUGAAAGUACAACCAAGACUUGAAAGUGGGUUUGAUACCAAAGAAGUGACCUAUUUGAAAACCACUUCUGCAGAAGGAACUUACCCUUGGAAUAUAGAUGGAGACUUAAUGGAAGAAGCAUCCGAAGUUCACAUUCGGGUACAUCCUCAACUUAUUGAUCUCUAUGGAGUGAACACUGAUGACCUGGAAGGUUCCAAAGCAACAUGUAACUGUAUAUAGAAGGAAUCCACAGCUUUUUAUGCUGCAGGUGCUGCAUUAAAUAAACUUUUUUCAUCUAUAUGCACAUAUUUUUAAGGUCCUAGUCUUUCACUUGCUAAAUUCAAUGGUGGUAGCAGAAGCUUACUUUGAAAUGUUUGUAAUAUUUCUGGUUUUAAAUAAAUAUUUUUAUUAGGUUACAUUUAACUGUAAAGAAGCUGUCUAGGUUUAACAAGAAGAAAAAUAUAUUGGUCUCUAUUUUAUAAGUUUUGGGUUCUAGAAGCGUACAUCAGAAUAAAAUAUUUUUUUUAUUACAAAUUAUUUUACCUACUGCAAUAAAUACAAGAUACUAUUUAGUCUGUUAUUGCUAUCCAUGUUAUCAGGUAACUCAGUUUAUUUAAACAGAACUAGUUAGCGGAAACUAAAAAGGCAACCAGUGGCAAAAUACUGAUUUUUUUGUUUUGUUUUGUCCGUCCCCCCGCCCCGAAUCAGGUACUUUAAUUUCCAGGUAUCCUUAUUUUUUAAUGCUAGUUUAAUAUAUUUGCUUUCCGCCCACUUCUAGUCAUACAGGAAUUAAUGUAUAUGUUGAGGUCUACUGCUGUUCAUACAAAAUGUUUUAAAAUAUAUAAUGUAUCCUAGAACUGAAGUGAUAUUCAGCAUGGUUUCUGUUGUUGCUAAGAAUAAAAUUAUGCCAAAUAUGAUUGACUCAAUUUUUGUAACUGUCCUACAGGACAUAAACUUAAUGUUUAUAAGUGGUUUUUAGGUAACUUUGUUAAUUAUUUGAGAUACCUGAGAGAUUAACACUCUACUUUUUCUGGGUACUGGCUUUUUCUGAGAUGAUGGAAAUGUAGAUUGACAAGAUUGCCAGUCUGCAGGAUCUGAGAGAUAAUUAAUGUAGUUCUAUUUACUUGUCUUUGGAUUAUUGCUCAAAAGAAGGCUAACAAGUAAUAUUAUGAAAGCUGCAUUGUCUCAUGACUAACACAAGUUGCUUUAAAGCCUUACUUCAGUAAACAUUUGCGUAAAUAUGAAAUCCAUUCCAAUGAUGGAGUGUCCUUCUGAGGAAAAAGUUUUUCCUUGUGUCCAGCUAGAACCUCUUGUUUCAACUUUUACCUGCUGUCUGAACAGUACUGAGUAGUCUCCAGUUAAGCAGUUAUAAUUGAUACUGCUUUGAUUCUGUAUCACAUCAAAUAUUUUAACACAUUCAAGGCAAUUCAAAUUAAGCUUCCUAAGGCUUAGAAGACUGUUCUAGCUGUAUGUAGUGGAUUAAACUUUUUAUUACAGAAUUGAAAAUUAAUAGGCUAGUAAGAACUUGCAGACAGCAUUCAUGUGCUUAAUUUGUGGGGUCUUUUUUUAAUGAACUGAAAGUGAUAAAUUAUCAGGGCUAUACAAUUAUUUACAUGUCAACCUUACUUAUAAAAACUGAAUUUUUGUUUCAUGUCCUAAGAAUAGUCCACCAACAUUUGUAUGUUAAUAAUAAAAUCGGAAUAGAAUAUAUACAAUUUGCAAGUCAACAUUAUCACAUUUAUUGACAAAUGUAAAACUAUUUCAAAGACAAAUAAAAAGUUUUAGUU